AUGGCAGCCACCUUGGCCAAGUACCCCCACAUCGGGAAGGUCGUCCCUGCCAUGGGCUACAGCCCAGCACAGGUGUCUGACCUCGAGGCCACUCUGAACGCAGUGCCCGCUGACGUCAUCGUGGUGGGCACCCCUACUGACCUCACCCUGGUCAUGCACCACCUCAACAAGCCCGCCGUGCUGGUGACCUACGGCAUAGCCCCCAAGGAGCAGGGGGCGCCACAGCUGCGAGAGGCGCUGCAGAAUUUCAUGGGGGCGCUGGUGCCCGCCAGGGCGUGA